AGCUGAAAGGGCAAAGUCGGCUCUGGAUCUAUUUUUAGAUCGACCUGAUUGCAUGCUCUGCGACGACCUCUUUGCCAAGGGCGUGGUCACGAUCGGCGUCAAGGUCGGCUGUCUCCUCCUCGGUGUCCUUGCUAUCCUCCUCUUCGGCCUCGGCAUCGGGCUCAUUGCGUCGCACCACACCCAACUCGCCCUCGGGUCCCAGAUUGGCAGCUCUGGUGGGGCGCUGGGGCUCGGGGGCCUCAUGACCCUCCACUUUAUCAUUGGCGGCGCCAUUUACGGCACGACCAUCCACAUGCAAAACAAUGUGACUCGGGCCAAAUGCAUGGCGUACUUCCAGAGUGACGACUAUGCCGGUCUGAGCCUCGCAUGGCAAACGUACUUUAAUGAAAGCCUAAGCGACGACACGGCCGCCUCGGCGCUCGUGGAGCUGCAAGCAAACAGCUUUUGCUGCGGCCUCGGGCCGCCGGCCAACUGCAUUCCCAACGACAACGAGUUUCCGACCAAGUUUCCUGGGCCGCCCAACGUUCCUCAGACAGUCUGCGUGAACUCCAAGAGCGUGAGCCAAUAUUAUCCCCUCACGCCGUUCUGCUAUCGCAACCAAGCGUGCCCGUACGACCAUCCGAUCGGGAGCUGCGGCGUCACGGCGGUGUCGCCCGGCUCGAUCGGUUGCGCCGCCGUCUUUCACCAGUACAUGACGCAGCCGGUGAUGAUCAUCGGGGGCUCUGUCUUGGUCGCGACGUUUCUUCUGGUGCUAUGCCUCUGCACGACGCUCGUUUUGCUAUGGAAGCGCAAGAACGAAGACACGCUGCCACCUGCCGGUUACGGCGGGUGGCGGGCGUCGGCCAAAAUCUACUUGGCCUCGGAUGUCCGAAAGCUGGAUCGCCUUGAUAUUUAA